AUGGCUACGAACGCAGUAGAGGGGCAGGCGGAACUGAACCCAGAGCCAUCUCAGCCGGAAGAACGCGCUGAGCACGACCUCCCUCCCAAAUCCUAUGCAGAUGCCGUCACGAAUGGCGAGAACGGCCCGAAUCAUUCCCACGUUGAGGUCGGGUCUGGUGCAAAGGAACAUGCUGCGGUCAACGGAUCUGCCCAACCCCCGAUGGUCAAUGGCCAAGGCAGCCAACAGCAACUAGACGAAGAGAAGGCUCUUUAUGAGAAACAUAUGAAUCAUACUGGAGAGAUCUUGACAAGCAUCAAGCCCAGCGAUGGCUAUGAAGAUUCUCUCAAGCGCCGUGGAAACACUACGCCACGAGAAAGGAAACGCAAUCGACCACCCAAACGCCAGGAUGAGCUUGCGAGUGGCCGGAGAGCCGGUGCCGGCUGGCAAACUUCUGCGAUACGAUGGGCACCCCUCAACGUCCCGUUACAGCGGAGGCUUCAGACUCUAGCAGUGCUGUGGCACACUACCACCAUCCCUCUAUUCCUCUCCCUCUUCUUCCUCCUCUGCGCAAUCCCUCUUACCUGGCCUCUCCUGGUCCCCUACCUCAUCUACACUCUCGUCAUCAGUGAAGAGGCCACCAAUGGCACCCUUUCAAGAAGAUCGCAAUGGAUGCGCGGGUCGAAGUUUUGGUCACUAUUCGCAUCCUACUUCCCCGCUCGGUUGCAUCGCACUGUCGAGCUUGAACCAACAAGGAAGUAUAUCUUUGGAUACCAUCCGCACGGGAUCAUCUCCCACGGCGCAUUCGCAGCCUUUGCCACCGAGGCUUUGGGAUUUUCGGACUUGUACCCUGGCAUCACAAACACCCUAUUGACCCUUGACACGAAUUUUCGAGUUCCUUUCUACCGUGACUACGCAUUGGCGAUGGGCCUAGCGUCUGUGUCGCGCGAGUCCAUCGAGAACAUCCUGUGCAAAGGAGGAUUGAAUGGUGAAGGAAUGGGUCGCGCAGUGACAAUCGUCAUCGGUGGUGCCCGCGAAUCUCUUGACGCUAAGCCUCACUCCCUCCGUCUCGUUCUGAAAAGUAGGAAAGGCUUCAUCAAACUAGCUAUACGCACUGGCGCCGAUCUGGUGCCGGUGCUUGCCUUUGGCGAAAACGAACUCUACGAUCAAAUUGACAGUGUCGAACACCCAUGGAUCCACAAAUUUCAAAUGCUUGUCAAGAAGUUCAUGGGAUUCACCGUCCCACUCUUCCAUGCAAGAGGAAUAUUCAACUACGAUGUGGGCUUGCUUCCAUAUAGGAGGGCGGUGAAUGUUGUGGUUGGAAGACCAAUACGGGUUGUACAACAGGGAACAAAGGACAACAAUGUGGACGAAAGGUAUCUAGAUGAGGUCCACCAGCAAUAUGUGGCAGAGUUGGUCAGACUUUGGGACGGAUAUAAGGACCUUUUCGCCCAGGACCGACAGGCGCCGGCGGCUCAGUUUGACAGUGACGGCGAAGAGGACUCUGAAGUGCAGGGUGACCGGACGAGCACGGGCACGAGCACGAGCACGAGUCACCAGUUGAGGAAGAGUGAGGAGAAUCUGAAGAAGAGCAUGGCUAUGGAUGUCGGCCUCCGCAAAGUACAGAGACAGCAGCGCCUGGAGAAGGAGUUUGACAGUCAAUUUCGGGAGAUCGAGGUGCAGAUUGACGAGAGGGUGGACAGGUUCCAGCAAGACACAAAGCGCUUUCAAGGCGAGCUUCUCACCAGGUUGCUCGCCUUGACCAAGAGGAAGGAAGAGGUUGAGAAACAAAUUAUCCAAGAGGUCCAGGAGCUGGCCACGGCGCAUGAGACGAUCAAGCAAGAGUUUGAAACCAUUCUUCAAGGUCGGUCGGCCGAUGUCCGCGAGGCUAUGGAGGUCCUGCACCAGGCUGAAAAGGCGGCUGCGAAGCCACAUUGA